UGGGCCAAAACUAAAUAAAAAAGCCAAUAAAAAGAAAUCUUCAGAAAUUUAUCAGCUUGUGACCCUAGGAAAAGAGGUAGGCUUACGGUGUUUACCAACAGGAUAUAGCAUAUCGUAUCCACCACAACCUGGAUUAUGUAAUCAAUAUAAACUUCUAUUUAUUGAUGACAAUGGUACAGUAUUUAUCUGUGGUCAUGCCAAUCAUUCAACUUGUUAUCACGGAAGAUGUAUCUAUUAUGAGAAGUUCUAUAAAAAAGGAGUGGUUAAAAAUAUUGAAACAUUCUUAAAAAAUGAAGAAAAAGAGAGAGAUAAUGAAAAUUUCAGGAAAAUAGAUAAAACACUAGAUAUUUUAUCUAAACUUACAAUAGAAAUUAACCAAAUAGAAAAUUG